UUUACUCCGAGCUUUGAAGUGUGAAUCAAACUCGAAAAGCACCAAAACCCAUCUCCCCCUUCUCACCGUCUGUGCCACUACCACUUCACUCCACUCAAUCCCCAAAAUGGGGAGGCUGCUUCCGGGUCACCCUACCCUUACCCUCCUCCCCCUCCUCUUCGCCGCCGCCGCCAUCGCCGGCGUGCGUUGCGCGCCGGUGUACAGGCCGGAAUACCUGGUGGACGGGAACCAGCUCGUAGACAUGCAGUACCACAUGGGCCCCGUCGUAUCGGGCGCGCCGACCAACCUCUUCCUCAUCUGGUACGGCCGGUGGGAGGACCCGGCGCAGGCUGUGCUCCGCGACUUCCUCGCCUCCCUCUCAGCUCCAGCGCCGUUCCCCGCCGUCUCCGACUGGUGGGUCCGCACGCCGCGGCUCUACACGGACCAAUCCGGCGCCAAUGUCACCGCCACAUUCGCCGUCGCCGGGGAGCACUCCGACGCCGGGUACUCCCACGGCGCCUCCCUGAAGCGGAUCGACAUGCAGUCCAUCAUCCGCACCGCCGUGGUCGCGUACCCGGACCCUCUGCCGCUCGACCCGUACAACGGCGUGUACCUGGUGCUCUCCUCACCUGACGUGCAGGUGGAGGAGUUCUGCCGCGCCAUGUGCGGCUUCCACUACUUCACCUUCGCGUCCGUGGUCGGGGUCACCGUGCCGUACGCGUGGGUCGGGAACAGCGGCUCGCAGUGCCCAGGGAGGUGUGCUUAUCCGUUCGCCUCGCCGGAGUACGGCGCCAGCGGGCAGGGGGUGCUGCGGCCGCCGAACGGCGACCCCGGGUUGGACGGGAUGGUGAUCGUGCUGGGGCACGAGCUGGCGGAGCUGGCAACCAACCCGCUGGUGAACGCGUGGUACGCCGGUGACACGCCAACGGCGCCCACGGAGAUUGCCGACCUCUGUCUCGGGGUCUACGGCGACGGCGGUGGAGCAGGUGGGUUCGUUGGGAACGUGUCCCACGCAGCCGACGGCAGCUCCUACAACGUGAACGGCGUGAAUGGCCGGCGGUUCCUGGUGCAGUGGCUCUGGAACCCCGUCCGCGCCGCGUGCUACGGACCCAACUCCAGCAACUGAAGCCGCUCUGCUAUUCCCCUGAUCCGUGGCUUCUCUCAGUUGAUGCCAUUGCGCUGGAUGGCGUUGCAGAGGCAGGAAAUUUGAAUGUCUGAAAUGUCAUUCAGACUCGAUCUGUUCCUUGAUUUGUUGACCCAGGGUUUGCGAUGGGUUUAUGAUUUUGAUAGAUCUGUAUCUGUCCUGUACUCCCUUAGUCCUAAAAUAAAUAAUUCUAAAAUGAUUUAAAUUUA